AAAAAAAAAAAAAAUUCCAAUACUAAACCCUCUCUUCCUCUCUUUCUAUUCUUCCAUUUCCAAAGUUUCAGAAGAUUCUGAUUCCAAUUCUAAUCUUUCUCUCUCUUCAAAAACGUAGAAUCUUUGUAUUGUUUAGUUUCUUUUGUUCUAUCAAAUAGUGCGAAGAACGUGGUGUUUGGCACAAAUUAGGUUUUGGCGUUGGUUUGAAAUUCUCCAGGGCUCAGUGAGAGAAGGAAAUGUGGGAUGUUUUCGUGGUUGGCAAGGAUAGUUUCGGCGUGCUUGAGGCCAGUAGUGAGGCGAUAUGCGCGUAUGAACAAGGAUGAUGAUCGCGAUCUCGAUGACGAUCCCUCUUCUCUUCACGAUUCCCUGUUAUGGUGCAGGGAUCUCGAGAAGCACUCGUGCGGUGAGUUUUCUUUUGCUGUUGUUCAGGCAAAUGAAGUGAUUGAGGAUCACAGCCAGGUUGAGACAGGUCCCGACGCCGUGUUUGUUGGUGUUUACGACGGACAUGGCGGCCCUGAGGCCUCUAAGUUCAUCAAUGAACACCUCUUCCGCCACCUCAUCACGAUUGCACAAGAAAAUGGUUCUAUCUCCGAAGAUAUUAUCAGGGGUGCUGUUUCUGCUACUGAAGAUGGUUUUUUAACUCUCGUCCGAAGGAGUUACGGGAUAAAGCCAUUGAUAGCGGCAAUGGGUUCCUGUUGUCUGGUUGGUGUUAUCUGGAAAGGCACACUGUAUACUGCCAAUCUUGGAGACUCUCGUGCUGUAAUUGGCUCUGUAACCAGAUCUAACAAGAUAGUUGCAGAACAGUUGACUAGAGAGCACAACGCUAGCAAAGAGGAGGUUAGACGAGAACUCAGGUCUUUGCACCCUGAAGAUUCACAAAUUGUAGUUAUGAAGCAUGGAACGUGGCGAAUUAAAGGCAUCAUCCAGGUAUCCAGAUCAAUAGGAGAUGCAUAUCUAAAGCGCCCAGAAUUCUCUUUUGAUCCUUCGUUCCCACGGUUCCACCUGCCCGAUCCUAUCCGUCGGCCUGUGCUAACAGCAGAACCAUCUGUGUGUUCACGAGUUUUACAACCUAAUGAUAAAUUCCUUAUAUUUGCAUCUGAUGGUCUUUGGGAACACUUGACAAAUCAGGAAGCAGUUGAGAUUGUUCACAAAAGUCCUCGACCUGGGAUUGCAAGGAGACUUCUCAAGGCUGCACUAAGCGAGGCAGCUCGGAAAAGAGAGAUGAGAUAUAAAGACCUUCAAAAGGUUGAAAAGGGGGUUCGGCGGUUUUUUCAUGACGAUAUCACGGUGGUUGUUAUCUUCGUUGACCAUGAAUUGGUUGGGAAGAAUGUAACAGUUCCUGAAUUGUCCAUCAAAGGGUUUAUGGACUCGGUUGGACCAUCGAAUUUUAGAAGCUUUCAGCAUAUGCCAUAAUUGCAAGGUUCAUUUCUAGAAACUAUUGCCAACAAAUAUGAUUCAUUGGCUCAACCUGGUGGAAGCUUAAAAGACCUCAAUACUUUAUUUGACAUUUUUGCAGCAUCUAAUUGUUUAUUUAUAUGUUUAGUUUGAGUUUCUCACCUUUCAAGGUAAACUUUCAAUUAUAUAUACCUUGCCUCCUGUUGAUAACUGAAGAAAUAGGGAAGCCAUGUUUUUUUUUUUUUAAAUUUAUUUUUUCUUAUUUUUAUUUGGGGCAAAUGGGCAAUGUUUGAUAUAUGGCAGAAGUUGCUUUGUUAUAGUUUA